AUGGCAGAUCGCAUCGCCAAUGCGCGGAAAGAGGCUGAAUAUCUUAAGGACAAGAUCAGAGAAAAGAAGUCAGCCCUGAAUGACACCUCAUUGAAGUCCAUGUCUCAAGAGCUUGAACCUCUGACUCGCAUUGGGAUGCGUAUCCGCAGAGUACUCAAGGGCCAUCUUGCCAAGAUUUACGCCAUGCACUGGGCGACAGAUAAACGGCACUUGGUCUCAGCAUCACAGGAUGGCAAAUUGAUUGUUUGGGAUGCUUAUACGACUAAUAAAGUGUAUGCCAUUCCCCUACGUUCGUCGUGGGUUAUGACUUGUGCAUAUGCCCCAACAGGCAACUAUGUUGCAUGCGGAGGACUUGACAACAUGUGCUCAGUCUAUAACCUCCGUACAAGAGAGGGGUCGGUUAAAGUUGCAAGGGAAUUGAGUGCACAUUCUGGAUAUCUCUCUUGUUGUCGUUUCCUUAAUGAUCGCCAAAUCUUGACAUCAAGUGGUGAUAUGACCUGUAUGCUUUGGGAUCUGGAUGCAGGAGUCAAGCUAACGGAGUUCAGCGAUCACACAGGAGACGUUAUGAGUCUGUCUAUAUCCCCUGACCAGCGCGUUUUUGUUUCAGGAGCAUGCGAUGCGACUUCCAAGGUUUGGGAUAUUAGAACUGCACGCUGCGUUCAAACGUUUACAGGGCACGAAUCAGAUAUUAACGCAGUCCAGUUUUUCCCAAGUGGAGAUGCAUUCGCUACUGGCUCUGAUGAUGCUUCAUGCCGCCUGUUCGAUCUUCGCGCGGAUCGUGAAAUGAACAUCUACACACACGACAAUAUUCUCUGUGGCAUUACAUCUGUUGCCUUUUCAAUCUCGGGACGUCUACUAUUUUCUGGAUACGACGAUUUUAAUUGUAAUGUCUGGGAUACUCUUCGUGGAGAGCGUGUAGGAGUGUUAAUGGGACAUGAUAAUCGCGUUAGCUGCUUGGGUGUAGCGAGCGAUGGUAUGGCUAUGUGCACAGGAAGCUGGGACACCACUUUAAAGGUCUGGUCUUAG